ACUCUGAAAAACUUGUGAGCAGAAGAAAACAUAAUUUCUUCCCCUUUGAGAUCCCGUUGUGUGUAGCUUUUCAAUUCUGCUGCAUUUAAGCUGUGACUUCAAAGCAGGAGGCGCUACAAAGGAGUGACUUCAAACAUCAAAGCUGACUGUUUCACUCCAAACAUGAAUUUCAUUUUUUAUUAUUAUUAAGUUGCACAAACAAAGAAAUCUAAGGGUGUUUUUUAAAUUGAACUCUUAAUAUUAUUUCCUUACACUUUGACUCUCAAAAGUGUUUAUGACUCUCAAACUUUUGCACAUUUUGUCAUUUUACAACCAGAAACUUUGUAGUUUCCUUCCUUGAAACUGAUUGGCAAAGUCAACAAAGUUCAUAAUUGUAAGAUGGGAGGAAGCAAUAUAGGGUUUUCAAUAUAUAUAUAUAUAUAUUUUUGCAAGUUUGAGAAUCAAAACAUUUGCAAAUAUUCGGCUCCUCUCUACACGUACUGCAUACCUUUGUAUAAAAUCCAAAUUGAAUACAGAUGCAGAUCUAUUUGUAAAACAGUUUUAAAACUAUGUAUCACUUUCAACUGUGUUGAAAUAAGAAAAUGACUAAAUGGUGAUGAAGUGGAUACUUUUGGAAAGCACAGUCGGUUUGCUGUCACUUCGUAGCAGUUCGGUUUUGUGAUUCAGAUCACGGUAAACAAAGCUGGUUCAUUCUGUUUUCAGCGAAACCCGAGAAGGCCGCUGAUAACAUCUCUGUUUUGCAUGAGUGUGAAUGCAGUCAAACACGCAACUGCAAAACACGGCGACAGCAGCUCGCAAACAUUUCCUGAAGUGUAGGAUAAUGCACUUAGAAACGCCAUAUGUCCUGUUAAAUAUGCAAAAACUGAAAAGGAAAACUUAUAAAGGCAUCCACACACAUAUGCAAACCUACAAAAAAAAAACUCAUGCAAAGGAAGUAAGAAAUGUGUCUGAUAUUUCAUAAGAGGCUCGUGUUGGUUUCCUCACACAAAAACAAAACUACUGCAAUAUUUCAUCAACACACACAUAAACACACGCUGCCUGUGCUUGCUUUUGUCCUGAAAUAGACAUACAGUAGACCCAGCACUCAACAGCGCCCCUCUGUGGCUGUUUGGUUGAAUUGAGAGCAAACCUCACCUCUGUUUUGACUGGGCUGAAUGACUGGAGGCUGUGCAAAGGAUUAGCGUUUGGAUUAACGUCUUUAGAAGAAGCUUAAGAUGAUAAUGCACACUAUAUACAUGUUAUUCUCACAGGCUGUAUUUCACACAUAACCACGGAAAAAAUCAGCAACACACACUAUGUUGCAACUGUGACAAUGUGGCCUCCAUUUGGACAGACAGUAUCAUUCUUGUAUCUUAUGUAUCGCUGGACUUUUUUUAUUAUUAUUCUUACGAGCACCUGUUGACAUGAACGGAAGGCAAGAUAGAUAUCUCGCCUUUCUUCCUUUUGAACUUAGUCACUGGCAUGAUGCUGCCACCACCAACAUAUCCUGUGGGGACAAAGUGUUCAGGUUCAAGGUCAGUGUUGCUAAUCGGAGCGCCUCCUUCUACAUGUCUUGCCCCUUCGUGGCGUGUGGCAAACGUGACCUUCUGUGGUCUUCUUUCAACAAUUGUUUCCCUGUUCCUAUCUAUCUGAAUUAGCCAUGUGAUUAAAUGAGAUGAUGUGGUUCAGCUUGGCACAUCCUCACUGGCUCUAAUCUCAUGUAAUCAUCAUUAAUGACUUGUAAUUACAGCGGCGUCACGACGUCGCAGCGGGACUGCGUCAGCGUCAAACGUCCUGACUGCAGAUGCUGCCUUCAAAUGCCGGUUAGAAAUGGAUAUGACCCCGUUAUGUUUACUUCAUCGGCAUCAAGUAAUUGCCGGUUUUAGCCGCAGUUGCAGCUCGGAACUGCGUAAUUAUCAUAACUAUCAUUUUUGACAUUAUACAAAUUGAGUUACAGGGGAAUUUUGAUGUCGGUUUGCGAAUGUGUCAUUUCUUAUCUCUUGCUAAAGGCAUUUGGUGGAAAAUCGAAGUGGUAAAUUGGCUUAAUUAUUUCACUGGAGCUUUACUGUAUGGGAAGAGCAUAUUUAUACUCAUUUGUUUGUUUAUAACUCCGCAAGGGUGGGCCUCGGUUAGCCUUCCGGGAGCUGGUAUUUCCGGGCUGCACUAAAGGCACCAGCCGCUUGCUGCCGCAUCUCUCGCUUCACCUUGCGGACGCAGCGGAAAAUAAAUUAAAAACAACAAUGUCAAGGAAAAGGACAACAUAGUCUCUCCGCAGUGAGUGACUGAUCAUGGCCAGUCGGUGGAGAGAAGGUCAUCGCAGCCGCUCGAGGGAGCAUGGCAUCAGCCUAGAAACAGCUGCUGCGCCCCGGCAACAGGAACCAUCCGGAGACGCCGGGGACGCCGGGGAGUCGCUGCGAGAGCUGCCGAGAUGGAUGCGGCUCUACCUCUACGGCAUGCACGGCGUGACUCUGGACGUCCUGCUCUCCUCCCUGCAGGGGGUCCUAACCAGUCGGGACCCUAAGCUGGUGGGCUUCUCCUCUCCGUAUCUGUGCAUCAUGCACGCACUGACCCACUUCGCACUGGAGCAGAUCUACUCCCAGAAGAAGUGCUUCCGAGGUCGGCCCGUGGUGUUCCACCUGGUCUUUUAUCCGUCUGUCUACAUCGGACUGCAGAUCCUCGUCGGGAACAUCAACACUCUGACCGAGCAGGUGCGCGUGGUGUCCGGGGCGCAGCUGGUGGUCCACUACAUCCUGGCCUUGUAUUUCUCCCAGGUGUUCCACAGAGGGCUCGCGCACCUGCAGUACCAGCCCACCUCCCGCUGCGCCGACCUCUGGAGGAGCCUCGGCGGGCCGGAUCAUCAUCAUCAUCAUUAUCACCAACAUCAACAUUAUCAUCAUCAUCAUCAUCCUUCAGGCGGACUUCCCGGGUUCGCCCGGUUCUUGUUUUUCGGCAUGCACGGUUUCCUGGACGAGGUGCUGUUCACGUCUCUGUUCAACCUGGUGGAGAAAGGGGUUAGGGCCACCGGGGGCCACACGUCCCUCUGGUCCUUCCUCAUGUACGGCAGCUGCAGCUUCGUGGUGGAGAAGCUCUACUUCCACCUGCACUUCGGGAGAGGCUGGGGGACCUGGCGCCGCCUGCCCAUCUACAUCUGCUUCAUCUACACCUGGGAGUUCUGCUGCGGGCUGACGCUGAGGCAGUUUGACGCCUGCUCCUGGGAUUACUCCCACUAUCCGCACAAUUUCAUGGGACUCAUCACCCUCCUGUACCUCCCGGGCUGGCUGAUCCUGAGUCUGUACCAGGACGUGCUGUCUAACGUGCUGCUGAGAAUAAGGUGCACCAAAGACCCAGACUGCGUGAGUGGGGAGAACGGAGAGGUCAACGGACAACUGGAGUCGAAGAAAAAAUAACUCUUCAUGUAAAAUCAGCUUCCUAACAGAUCUAUUAAAAAAAUGAUUCAGGUUCAUCUCAGCAACUUGGACCGUCUACAGCAAGUUCAUAAGUUUCUGCAAUUCCGUUCAAAAUGUGAAACUCUUAUUUUAAUCGACAGGUUUAACUGAAGCAUUUGCUUACUUUGAGAAUGAUGGCUUCCCAAAAUUCAGCUUUUCAAAAGUCACAAACAGUAAGGAGGCUGCAGGCUCCUUAUUUGUGUAAAAUGUAAAAGAGGUAUAUUUUCCAGUUUACAACUAAUGGAAAAACUCAGUCUGUGAAAGGUAUCUUAUACAACUAAUUUAAAAAGAAAAAUCACACAUACAAAGUAUGCCCGUGUACUAUGCAAUAUAAUGACUACUCUGACUACACCCAAGUUGCUUCAGGAUUGACUUGUUUUUUUCUUCUAUACUUUUACCUUCCACUAAACUUUCCAAUAAUGGGCUUGUAACAGUACUCUGAACAGCCACUUCUUUAGUAACGAUUCUUUCUUGUAAAUGCUGACAUUCCCUUUUUUAUAUUGGUAUUAGUAUUCCAGUUUUCUGGGAAACUAAAUUUCAUUAUUUUUAAACCAUAAUAUUAAUGGGACACUUAUAUCAAUUUGUGUCUAAUGGAUUUAUACAGAUGUGUGGGUUUCACUUUAGUUGAAUUAUUGAAAUAAUUUAACUCUCUAAUGUAUUGAGAUGCACCUGUAUGUCAUAUUUUAUUGAACAUGUUCUGAUUUUUCACUUUAUGGCGCCCAACUGAGGCCAUUGACUCUUUAUCUAGCCUAUUUAAAUUACAUGAACUUACUGCCGUUUUCUUCUGUACAGUGUAAAAACUUGGAUUCUAAAAUAAGAACAUUUUCUAUUUUGAUAUGUUUACAACUGCAACUGCUCUUUUUGUCAUGGAGUUCAUCUGCAGACCAGAGCCGGCCCAAAGUAUCGUGCAAAACAAAACGUGUGACACCUGACAUCUUGUGUGUCCCGUAAAUUAGAGCAGCUGGACUGCAGCAAGCUUUAUGGAAUAAAUUAUUUUGUGGUUAAACAAGUUAAAAUGUUAAAAGAAACCCAAAUGGAUUUUUGUGUUUUCCGUUCUUUUUAUGUGCGUGCUACGAUCAACUUAUUUGUAAAUUUAAAGACACAUAACCUGAUUCCAUCUUUUGAAACAAGUUUUGAUCGCAAGCGAGGCUUGCAAGUCAAACUUUGUUCAGGGACCCACACUACCUUGGCGCAGAAUCACCAAUGGAGGAAUUGUGGGCAGUUUUUAAUCGCAGCAAGUCUUUUAGCAUGCCAUAACUCCUGCACAUACCUGCAUGCUGAAACUGUGUAGAAAAAUGUUCAACUUUUUAGACUUUUUAAAAACAAAGUACAAUGCACUGAAUGCUGCCUGAUGUUCCAAAGUCCGUAUUUCCAGAACUUGAAUUUGUCUGUUUGAUUCUAUAUUUUGUAUUUUUUUUUGAGAGAGAGAGUUUUCCAUAAUCCACCAAAAGAGAUAGUUCAAAAUUUAAAAAGUAAAGUUCCAGUAAAUUGUUAGAAGGAGCUGAGAGAACUCCCUUUAAACUUUUAAUGGAAAUUCACUUUAAAAAUCCUGAACUAUUCCUUUAAAGUUAUCGCAUAUGAACCCAGUCAUAAAUGUAGCAAUGCAGCACCUUGAGCAGAGUAGAAAUUUGGAACCACGUGGGAUUACUGUGAAUUUUACAUGAACCAAACAUUACUGGAGUGCCUUUCUGUGCAAACAGAGAUUCGACUAAACAUAACAUGACUCCUGCAAGUGCUGCAGCCAUGGAUCCCAGCAUCCCAGACAGAUUACACAUUGGAAACUUACAUCGGUUUGAGUGCUCACUAAUGGAAAAAACAUGCCCUUGUAAAACAGAGAAAAACAAUCGUGUAAAUGUUUUAUGUUUUCUAAUAAGAAAGUGAAUUUUCGUCUUGUAUAUAAUUCCCUAGAUUCAUUUGGAAGUGCAAUUGUCCCAGAUACAGACUAUUCUUGAUAAAUAGCAUUCAACUUCUUAAAGUACUGAGGCUGGCUUGGUGAUUUUGUUGGUUUGUUCUAUGGACUCGGCAGCUAUAUUGAUGUUCUUUAACAUUUCAAAUAUUCAUGCCAUUUACUGCAUGAUUGAAUGGCUUUGCACAUCCUAAACAUAUUCCUUGACCGCAUAACUGUACUUUAACCAUGCUUCACACUUGUUUUGAGCACUUUCAUGAAGAAAGAGACCAAAACGAGUUUGAAAAAUCAAUAAAAAAAAGUUUGAGUAAGGUGUACAUCCCUUCUUCUAAAGAAAAAUAACAAAAUAAAAGUCAGCAGCAUGAACUGUAUUCAUAUUUUUGAUUUGAUGAAAAGCUUCAACUUGUACUCAUUCAUUCUAUUAAUAAAAUGACAUCUGUUGUAA